AUGGCUACCACCAGUGUCCUUACCUUUGACACUGAGGGCCGUGCUGUUGACUUUGAAGUCUGGGUCGAUGACCUCCACCUGUUCCUCCAGUGCGAUAGGGCAGACGGCCUCUCUUUGUUCGACCUCACCUCUGGUGCCUCCCCUGCCCCGGCUGCUACUGCUGACAGCACUGUUCGCUCACAGUGGGCGACUCGCGAUGCUGCUGCCCGUCUUGCUGUGCGUCGCCACUUACCGACCACUGAGCUCGCUGACCUCAUUACGCACCUCCGCACUAGUGACACUCGCUACCGCGCUGCGCUUCCUCCUGAAUUGUGCGCCAAGAACCCCCCCCCCAUGUACAUCACCCUCUACUACAUAGUCACCCGCCUCCCUGGCUCUCUCCGCGUAGUCAGGGACCACUUCCUCUCAGUUUGCCCCACCACUCUCACCGUUGACCUCCUCGAGAAGGCCCUCCUAGCAGCAAAGACGAGCAUAGUCGUUGUAGGAGCCUCUCGUGGUGACCCUCGCACCCCCGUCUUUGAGGGGUGUUCCCCCUCCCCCAUCUUGCCCUCUUUUGCUUCUGCUGCUGCUGCCGUCCUCGUUGGUUUCUACGGGGUCGGCGCUGCGUCUGCCCCUAGCGGGAGACGCCGCACCAGCAAGGGCAAGGGGGGCAAGGGAACUGGAGGGGUUAGCGGGGGCGGUGGGAAGUGGUGGUGGAGGCAGUGGAGGGAGUGGGCGUGGUGGUGGGAGUGGUGGCGGGGGCGGUGGCGGCGGCGGCAGCAGUGA